AUGCCAUUCGUCUUCAUAUCGUCUGAUAAUUGGGACUGCGACCUGAGCCCUACACGAAGGCCCACCAGCAUACAUGACGAGCAUGCAGCAUCUUCGGGUACCGAUAGUGAGGUGCGAGGCAAAUUUCGCGGCGAUGGAAAGCGCGAGUUGACUGAAGAGGAGGCAUAUGAGAACCUUGGCUUCAGCUUCUCAUGGUACAAGAAAUGGGGAAUCUUGACAGUCAUCUUCGUCGUUCAAAUGUCCAUGAACUUCAACAGCAGUACAUACUCCAAUGCCGUGGUGCAGUUAUCGGAGCAUUUUCAUAUCAGCCAGCAAGCGGCUCGAGUCGGUCAAAUGAUCUUUCUGAUAACCUACGCCUUUGGCUGCGAGUUAUGGGCGCCAUGGAGCGAGGAAUUCGGUCGAUGGCCUAUCAUGCAACUGAGCCUUCUCCUUGUGAAUAUAUGGCAAAUUCCCUGUGCCUUGGCCCCUAACUUUGGAACUAUGGUUGUUGGUCGCGGCCUUGGUGGACUUAGCUCCGCAGGAGGCUCGGUAACCCUGGGUAUGACCGCUGACAUGUGGGAGGCACAUGAACAGGGCUUUGCUGUCGCAUAUGUAGUCUUGAGUUCUGUCGGCGGGACAACUAUUGGACCCAUAUUCGGAGGAAUGAUGGAGCAGUGGUUGAACUGGCGGUGGAACUUCUGGAUUCAGCUUAUUUUCGGUGGAGUCACCCAAAUACUCCAUUUCUUUUUCGUUACUGAGACAAGAUCUACCAUCUUGCUGGAUCGGGAGGCGAAGCGUCGGCGCGAAUCCGGUGAGGAUCCAAAUAUUUAUGGCCCGAGUGAGCUCAAGCCAUCCCGGUUUGACGUGAAAGAAAUCCUUCGCAUUUGGCGGCGCCCAUUUGAGAUGUUCCUCCGCGAGCCCAUUGUGCUUUUCCUAUCUCUUCUUUCUGGCUUCUCCGACGCGCUAAUCUUCACCUGCAUUGAAUCGUUCUCCUUGGUCUUCAAACAAUGGGGCUUUAAUCCACUGCAGGUUGGAUUGUGCUUUGUCGCCAUUUUUGUUGGCUAUCUGGUUGCGUAUGCCAUCUUCCUGCCCGACAUCUACCGCCAGCGCUUGAUUCGACGACGCGAGGGUGAUGCGGCUCGGGUGGCUGAGCGUCGGCUCUUGCUUUUGCUAUUCAUCGCACCCCUGGAGGCAAUUGGACUCUUCGGCUUUGCCUGGACGUCCAGGGGCCCGGAGUAUACCCAUUGGAUGGUACCCCUGGUCUUCGUAUUCUUGAUUGCCAUCGCUAACUAUGGUAUUUACAUGGCGACGAUCGACUAUAUGGUGGCGGCAUAUGGCGAGUAUUCUGCGUCCGCUACGGGUGGGAAUGGGUUCGCACGAGAUCUACUUGCUGGGCUAUCCGCGAUGUACGCAACCCCGAUGUAUACCAACAUCGGGGCACGCUUCCAUCUCCAAUGGGCUAGCACUAUCCUUGGCUGCUUGGCUGUUUUGGUAACCAUCCCGAUUUACAUAUUUUACUGGAAAGGUCCUGAGAUACGAGCGAGGAGCAAGUUCGCACAGACCCUUGCCGCGGACAGGCAAAGACACGCUACUAGACGUCGGAGCAGCCAACUCAGUGCGUCGAGGAAGGCUUCUAUGGUGUAA